CACCCAACUAUAGUUUCUAGAAGGAGGCGUGGUUAUGCAAAUCAGGUCCUUUAACACCAAUGUAGCAUUUCUAAAGGAAGGCGUGGCUAUGCAAAUCAUCCCCUUCAACACCAAUCUAUCGCUUCUAAAGGGAGGCGUGGUUAUGCAAAUACUCUCCAUUUAUACCAUACAUCGCUUUUGAACAUGGGCGUGGCUAUUCAAAUCAGCCCGAUUACAACCAAUACAAGAUUCCCAAGUGAGGGCGUGGCUAUUCAAAUCACUCCAUUACCCACAUUUCCCUGCGCCGCACCGGAAGCAGAAGCGCCGUGAGGGGAGGAAGAAGCCGGAAGUGCCGCCACAAAAUGGCGGCUCCCGUGCUGCGGGUCCCGGGGCUGCUCCCGCCGCUCCGGGCCCCUCUGCGGGGCUGCCUCGGCCCGUGCCGGGUCCCGGGGAGCUCCGGGGCGGUCCCGGUGCCGGUCCCGGUGCCGGUGCGGGCCAUGGCCGGGCACAACCGCUGGUCCAAGGUGCGCAACGUGAAGGGGCCGCGGGACGCGGAGCGGAGCCGCCUGCUGGAGAAAAUGGCGCGGAUGCUGCGGGCGGCGGCCAGAGAGGGCGGCGCGGAUCCGGCGCUGAACCCGGGGCUGGCGGCCGUGGUGGCGCAGUGCCGGACACUGAACGUGCCCAAGGCCACCAUCGAGGGGGCGCUGCGGUCAGUCAGGGAGCGUCCGGCCGGGGCGGUGCCGCUGCUGCUGACCGCUCGGGGCCCGGGGGGGUCACUGGCGCUGCUGGACGUCCGGACCGACAACGUCCGGCGGAGCCAGGCCGAGCUGCGGACACUGCUGCAACGCCACGGGGCCGCGCUGACCCCCGACGUCCACCCCGCGUUCCAGGCCGUGGGCGUGGUCCGAGUGUCCGGCCGGACGCUGGGCCUGGAGGCCGCGCUGGACGUGGCCGCAGCGGCCGGAGCCCAGGACGUGACCCAGGACGGGGCCGAGCUCCAGUUCCUGUGCGCGCCCUCGGCCCUGGGCGGUGUCCGGCGGGGCCUGGCGGCCGCAGGGCUCCGGCCGCUGGCGGCCGCGGUCGAGUUCCGGCCGCGGUCAGCGCUGGCCCUGCCGGACGGUCCGAGGGCCGCGGCCGAGCGGCUGCUGCGCGCCCUGGCCGAGCGGCCGGACGUCCACGCCAUCGUCCACAACGUCCAGGACGUCCCGGCGGUCACUCCGGGAGGAGCCGUGGUCGCUCCCGGCGGUCACUCGGCUCCGGACACGGCUCCGGCCACGACAGAGGAACGUCAAUAA